CAAGUUGAGAAAUUUACGCGGGAUUUCCAAGAGAAAGCGCAGAUAUAAGGCGGGAGUUGCGUGUAAGAUCCUCACUCUACUCUCUACAAGAUGCGUUCUCAUGGUUCAGUCUCCUUUGUCUUGGCUUCUGCCAUCAUUGCCCUCUGCAUUUCUAUGAGCUAUGCAGGAUCUUCACCCUUCGCUUCCAUUCAUCACGUGACAAGAAGAGAUGCAGAGCCUAUUGCAGAUCCCCAUAGAUAUGGUGGAUACGGAGGGAGAUAUGGAGGUGGAUACGGAGGCGGAUACGGAGGCGGAUAUGGUGGCGGUUAUAACAACUACGGAGGCGGAUAUGGUGGUGGAUUCGGCGGGGGUCGUGGGGGCGGUAUUGGUAGUGCCAUAGCUCCUUAUCUGGUUGGUAAAGUGGCCGGACUUGCUGUUGGGAGUUUAAUUGGCCGUGGAUAAAAUUGUAUUUUUUAUACUUUGUAAACAGUUAGUCUGAAUAAAUAUCAAAUAUGUGGAAAA